GAGCGAUCCAUCAGCCUUGCGGACUCUGGGCCAAGGGGACUCUCAGCCACGUGGAUUCUUGGGCUUUGGAGAGGCCGGGCGUCUCUUCGCGGGUUGAGCGAACCGCCGCGGAGCCUCGCCUGCCGGAAUCUCCUUCGCUAUGGCGCAGCUUCAGGCUCGCUUCUUCACCAGCGACGCGAAAUACACAGUAGAUGAUGUUCCCUUUUCUAUCCAAGCUACCUCUGAAGUUGCUGACCUCAGUAACAUUAUCAACAAAUUGUUGGAAGCCAAAAAUGACGAUCACAAAUAUGUGGAAUUUGACUUCCUUGUCAAAGGACAGUUCUUGCGUAUGUCUCUGGUCAAACACAUGGAAAUGGAAAACAUUUCAACAGAAGAUGUAGUAGAAAUUGAAUAUGUAGAGAAGUAUACAGCACCCCAGCCUGAAGAAUGUAUGCUCCAUGAUGACUGGAUCAGUUCCAUUGAAGCUACAGAAGAAUGGAUCUUGACUGGUUCCUACGAUCAGACUUCCCGGAUUUGGUCAGUAGAAGGCAAACCGAUCAUGUCACUUGUUGGGCAUACAGAUGUGGUCAAAGACGUAGCUUGGGUUAAAAAAGACAGCUUGUCAUGCUUGCUGCUCAGUGCCUCUAUGGACCAGACUAUCUUGCUCUGGGAAUGGAAUGUGGAAAGGAACAAAGUGAGGGCUCUUCAUUGCUGCAGGGGCCACGCAGGAAGUGUAGAAUCUGUAGCUGUGGAUAGUUCAAGGACCAAAUUUUGCAGUGGCUCCUGGGAUAAGAUGCUGAAGAUAUGGUCUGCAGUGCCUGCCGAUGAAGAGGAUGAAGCAGAGAUGGAGGACGUGGGGAACAGACCAAGGAAAAAGCAAAAAACCGAGCAGCUGGGACUAACGAGAACUCCUGUUGCAACUCUCUCUGGUCAUACAGAAUCCGUGUCUUCGGUUCUUUGGUCAGAUACAGAUGAGAUCUGCAGUGCUUCAUGGGACCACACCAUUAAAAUUUGGGAUGUUGAAACGGGAAGCUUUAAAUCCACUUUGACAGGAAACAAAGUGUUUAAUUCAAUAGCCUACUCACCACUUUGUCGGCGUAUAGCUUCCGGGAGCACCGACAGACACAUUCGGUUAUGGGAUCCGCGGAGCAAAGAUGGCUCUUUGGUGUUACUUUCUCUCACCUCACAUACUGGCUGGGUGACCUCAGUGAAAUGGUCUCCGACUCACGAGCAGCAACUUAUCUCUGGCUCUUUAGAUAACGUUGUCAAACUCUGGGAUACACGAAGUUGCAAAGCUCCCCUUUAUGACUUGGCGGCUCACGAAGACAAAGUUUUCUGUGUGGAGUGGACCGAAGCUGGGUUGCUGCUGAGUGGUGGAGCAGACAACAAACUCUAUUGCUACAGAUACCAAUCAACCACUUCAGAUGUUGGAGCAUGAAAGGAGGACUUUCCUGGAUCUGCAUCUCAUAUAUGAACAGAAAGUGGCCUGCUAUUUGUAGAAAGGAUGUUCUGGAGCCAGUCAAACGUGUAUUCUUGUGGCACACAGCAAAAUUCAUCGCCUUUCGUCAGGGUUGAAAUUGCUGUCCUUGUAUUUAAAGCUUUUUUUAAAAUGUACAUAUAUGAACUCUACAAAAAAAAAAUAUUAACCAUUUAAACAUGAUGUUGGGUUUCAGUAUCGUAUUUAUGUUAACCUUAUUUUGUGCAACUAUAUUUAAAUGUUUCAGUUCAUUUAUCAUUUUCGGCUUCCCAAACCAUUUGAGAAGAAAUGUCCUUAAAUUGGAAAUCUGUUUACCGCAGAUGGCUAGUGGUGGACUCUAUAAAAUGUACGUUUUUAAGGAUUUUUAAUUAAAUAAAUACAUUUACCUUUGAGAAGUGAUGAUAAGUUGAAAUCUAUGGUUAUUGGGGGGGCGUGGGGGGGGGGGAGAGGGAGAAGCUUUGGAGGCUCCAUUUCAGCUGACCUAUGAGGAGCAACUGGACUCAGGACAUGGUCAGUUUUGCUCUUAGUUAAGACAUUUCCUAC